CUGCGACCCAGCGCCAGCUGAGGGGCUAAGGUAGCAGAGGAGAAAAAGGCUGCAGUUUUGCCAGCAACAAGGGUCCAAGUCUCUUUGAAGAGAGGUCUGCGAGUGGAUUCUAUCUGAUCCCUCAGUGGGCUGUGCUGGAGCGCUGAUCAGAUCCUGAGAGAUUCUGUGAGACUUGGGUCCCGCCUGCUUCCGCUGUAGAGCUACCAUCCCGAUUCCUGGUGCCCUAGACGGCAGCAGCGUCCGACACGAUGACCCUGAAUGGCGGCAGCGGAGGGAGCCGAGGCUCGGGCAGGGAGCGCGACCGCCGUCGAGGCAGCACCCCCUGGGGCCCGGCACCCCCGAUGCACCGCAGGAGCAUGCCCGUGGACGAGCGAGACCUUCAGGCGGCGCUAGCCCCCGGUUCCCUAGCAGCGACUACAGCGGGAACUCGAACACAGGGGCAGAGGCUGGACUGGCCGGAAGGCUCCUCCGACUCGCUGAGUUCUGGAGGCAGCGGCUCAGUGGAGGGCGUUUACAAGGUGCUGCUGCUUGGGGCGCCUGGUGUGGGCAAGAGCGCUCUGGCGCGCAUCUUUGGUGGUAUAGAAGACGGGCCUGACGCAGAAGCCGCAGGGCACACAUAUGACCGCUCUAUCACUGUGGAUGGAGAAGAGGCAUCACUCAUGGUCUACGACAUUUGGGAGCAGGAUGGGGGCUGCUGGCUACCUGGCCACUGCAUGGCCAUGGGAGAUGCGUACGUCAUUGUAUACUCAAUAACAGACAAGGGCAGCUUUGAGAAAGCCUCAGAACUUCGGGUCCAGCUGCGGCGGGCGAGGCAGACAGACAACGUGCCCAUCAUCCUUGUGGGCAACAAAAGUGACCUGGUGCGCUCCCGUGAGGUCUCUGUGGACGAGGGCCGGGCCUGCGCCGUAGUCUUCGACUGCAAGUUCAUCGAGACAUCAGCAGCCCUGCACCACAACGUCCAGGCACUGUUUGAGGGUGUCGUGCGCCAGAUACGCCUCCGCAGAGACAGCAAAGAGGAUAAUGCCCGGCGGCAAGCUGGCACUCGGCGAAGGGAGAGCCUUGGCAAGAAGGCCAAACGUUUUCUGGGCCGCAUCGUAGCUCGCAACAGCCGCAAGAUGGCCUUCCGUGCUAAGUCCAAGUCCUGCCAUGACCUCUCUGUCCUCUAAGGCCCAAUGGGCCUCUCGCUUAGUGGGCCAGUGGAUGGGUGGAGGGGCUGGCCCAGCCAACUGCUCUGGAGGCCUCAGGGCUGGUCCACGCUCUGUGAGACUGAGAACUGUCAGCUGUGCACACCCUGUGUGUUGGUUAUGGACAGACAGACAGUGCUGACCAGGGAGGCAACUCCAAGAGGCCACUGCCAGGGAGAUGCAUGUGCAGGCCCACGUGCAUACCAAGCAGCCUGAACCCAGCUCGUGGACAGGACUCUGCCUUUCUCCGUGUGGGUGUUUGUGCCCGGGAGCCAGGCUGUUCAGUAUGGUUGCUGUUUGUUUACAUGCAGAUUUUGUAAUAAAGACUAUUUCC